AUGGAUUGGGGCGUAUCAAGGCUCAGUCUCAAUGCUGUGAGCAGACUCGGUCGGCUGGCUUCACCUUCAUGGACGCCCUCACGAUACGCAUCUCUCAACUCUGCCAUCGGUCGAGGCAUUCGCAGAUCAGCCGGCCGCGACUCUUCGUGGACUUCCGAUGCACCAGACCGAAGCAACAGACCCAGAGCCUUUGAGAGACGAAUAACCCCCGCGAACCGAUUCACUCCGCGCGAUCGAAGCCGGCGAGAUGAUACAGCUUCUAUCGGGGCCCCUUUCAACGAGGAGGAGUUCAUUCGGACCGGCAAUUUCCGUGCGCUACCGAGUGAACACCAGUCGUCCCACGCGCCACGAUGGAGCCAGCAAUCCGACAAGCAGAUCCCAGCUCCCUUGAACAAAAGUAAAACUCCCCACAAGGGGCCUCGGGCGCACAAGGUCACGCACACGAUGCCAGAGCGAAUCAGGGAACACACCAAGAUCCCCGACUCGGUUCCCUACACUACUCCGGCAUCUGAAUUCAUAUACGGCACCAAUGCAGUAGAAGCAGCCCUUCGCUGUAGCCGACGACAACUCUACAAACUAUAUCUUUACCAGGGCGCCAAUGAAGAGCUAGGCGCUGCAAAGGUAACUCUUCGCAAGCUGGCACUGUCGAAGGGCAUCCCUACCAAAAUAGCCUUUGCAGAGUGGGAUCGGCUUCUAGACAAAAUGAGCGCCGGCCGACCACACAAUGGAUGUGUCAUCGAGGCUUCGCCUCUUCCAAAACUUCCAGUGCGUAGCCUUUUGGAAGUCCCAGCCGUCACCGAGGAUAGUUUCCGUGUGGAGCUGGCUCCGCAGACUCGCGAAGAAGCCUUGGUGAACGGUACCAACGACCAACUCUCCAUCAUUUACCCACCUGAUAUGCGCCCUGGCUCUCAGACCCGUAGGUAUCCCGUUGCCCUACUUAUUGACGGUGUUGUCGAUACGGGAAAUCUGGGCGCAAUCAUCCGAUCUGCCUACUUCCUUGGAAUCGACGCAAUCAUUUUCGCAGGCCGCAACUCUGCGCCCCUCUCGCCUGUGACAAUCAAAGCAUCUGCCGGCGCAGCCGAGAACAUGGCUCUUCUCCAAGUGAGGAAUGAAGUUGAAUUCAUUCAGAAAUCCCAGGAGAAUGGUUGGAAAUUCUACGCUGCUGAUGCUCCGGGCCCUGGUGCGACUUAUGUUGAUCGUGCUUUAGCUGAUGGUAAAGAUACCAUGAGCACUUCCCCUACCGCACAAGCCCCUAGCGUCAUCAUGAUGGGGAGUGAGGCAUCUGGGUUAAGUGGACAUAUCAAGUCCCAUGCGGAUGCAUUUAUCAGCAUUCCAGGUGCCCGGCACGGCCUCGACAUGGGAGUGCAGAGCGAUCCAGCUCGAAUCGACAGCCUGAAUGUCAGCGUGGCUGCUGCUCUUCUAAUGGACAUGUUCAUGCGAACUCCGCUCGCAAUGUCAAAACCGGCGCCAAGGAGCAAGGGCAAGAUGUGGUAG